UGUCUGUCAGUGUCAUUUUUAUCAAUUUGUGAUAAGUCAGCAUUUUAAUACAAAAAUACAAAAUUUAAUUUUGUUGUGAUAAUAUUUCAUUUAAGACUGAUCCUAUGAAGUGGAGCACUGAGUAAAUUAACGUCUUAGAUGAUUAAAAUGUGAAUUAAUGUGAUUAAAACUAGCCUGUUAAUGUUUAUGUACACAAAGACUUGUAAUGAUGUCCGAGCCCAAUAAUCCCUUUGCUGGGUUAUUAGGAGUGUCAGAAGCGAAGAGUCAGAGUAAUGCGGAGUAUGCUGAAAGCCCAGCGAUAGCCGUCACGUCCAAACAAUCGCAGGAAGACGCCGAAAUAGAAAUGAUAAAUAAUAUUGUUGAGAAUGUUUUUCACUUCACAAUUAAUCCUAGGGCUGUGGACGGGGCUGACAGACAGCUUGUUUAUCUGGAGGAGCUGGCUGAGGCUAUGAAACCUCGAGUUAAUAUUGACCUGGAGGCACUGGAGCAAGCUCUAUUUGAAAGGUUAUUGUUACCUGAAGUUGAGGCCACUGUUAUUCCUAAAUCAAGCCUGAGUUUCAAGGAGCAUGUGGUGCAGAAGCAAGUGUUUCCAUACCUAUUCAGCUCUAUUCAAAAUCUGCAGAGUUUUGAUCACAUGGUUGGUAUGAGGAAUGCACUGGAUAAAAUGCGAGAGCUGAUAUUCAGGAAUGCAGUAACAGCAUUGAAACAGCCGGCUCUCUUUGAGGGCCAAGAUUUUGCUGUGCAGUUGGUGGAAUUAUUAAAACAUGUUGAUCCACAAAGCCACACUUUCUUCAUGGAUAUUGUGAAAGCAUUUGUUUUGGAAGGGGAAGAAGGAGUACAAGAGCAGCUAAAAGAAGUUAUGCUGCCUGUUCUAAAGAGAAUUCACACAGAUGUCAACAAAUCAAACAUAAUCAACCUACCAAUUUAUGUUUUACCUUCAAUACAACUUUUUGCUAACAAUCCAAACUUAGCUCCAAUACUGAUGGAAUCAUGUGAACCAAAGAUUGAAACAAAUGGAAGGCUGUAUCAAGAUUCGGUCAUAGGUGCUCUAUUAAGCUUAUCUGUACUACCGAGGACAGCUAUUUCUUUACAUGAGUUCUUUGAUAACCCAAUGGAUCAGGCUGCAACCUCAAUGAUGGAGUCGUCAGUGUGGAAUGCUUCAUCUCAUCUCACAAAUAAUAUGCACAAAAUAUUCCUAUCUCUGCUAAAAGGAGGUCCACAAAUGAGAAACAGAUUGCUUACUUGGAUCGGAAAAUGUCUCAAGACCAAUGUUGCCAGAGGCAAGCUUUGGAAUGUUCAGGCUGGUGAAAUCAGUCCAGCAACAUUGACAUGUGUGUCAGACGGCUUCAUGUUAAACUUGGGAGCAGUUCUGCUGCAGCUCUGCCAGCCAUUCUGCACCACAGCCGAUGACCCGAAGUCACUCAAAAUUGACCCCACAUACGGCGCAGUAACGCCCGAAGAGUGUGCAGCUAAAUCGGUACACCUGGACUGCCUCCACAACGAGACCUGUCUGCUGCCGCUCAGGGAAGGGGAAGACGGACAGUCUGUCAAGAGGCCUACAGCGGAGACUUACAACUUCGUCACCGAAUGUUUCUUCAUGACACAGAAAUGCAUUGAUUUAGGCGUGCGCGUGUGCGCGGAGAAGCUGUGGCGCUCGGGGCAGGAGCUGGGGCGGGCGCAGCGCGCGCUCAGCGACGUGGCGGCCGCCGCGCACCACCUCGUCGAGCCCAUGCGCCAGCGGGCGCACCAUCUCAUGACCAAGUUCGUGAGUCUCCGCUGCGCGCUUCUCGAGAAAGACAUGCUGACAAACUUGCACCGGCUGCAGGCUACAGCUUGCACGUGGCUGGUGCAGGUGGCCAUCCGACCGGACCCGGAGUCGCCGCAGGCGAGCUACGCGCCCACCACCGUCGUCCCAGUCCACAUGCCUAUCACCACGCCCGCGCCUGACACUCUGAGGUGCAUACCAGAGUUCGUUCUGGAAAAUAUAGUGGUGCUGAUCACAAUGGCGCGGCGCACAGUGGGCGCGAUCACGGAGGAGGCGGACAUCGCCGGGUUGCUGCAGCCGGCGCUCACGCUUGUGAUCACCUUCAUGGGUGACUCGGGCCGCACUUACAACCCGCACUUGAGAGCGCGACUGGCCGAGUGUCUAGAAGCGAUGUUGCCGAACCAUCCCGACGACCAACAGCCGCUGAGCAGCUUAGCCUCAUUCUACAGGGAACAACUUUUCAAAGAACAUCCUCAUAGAUUACAGUUGGUCUCGUGCUUGCUGGACGUGUUCGUGGGCAUAGAGAUGACGGGGCAGAGCGUGCAGUUCGAGCAGAAGUUCAACUACCGCCGGCCCAUGUACCUCGUCAUGGACUUCCUCUGGGCCAUGCAGGAGCAUCGGGACGCCUUCACUCGUCUAGCUAAAGAAGCGGAAUCGAACAUGGAAGCAGUACACCCACCAAUUUUCCUGCGCUUCGUCAACUUGCUCAUGAACGAUGCCAUCUUCCUCCUAGACGAGGCCCUAGGAAACAUGGCGCAGAUACGCACCAUGCAGACUGCACAGGAAUCUGGGGCGUGGUCGAGUCUAUCAGCGCAGGAACGCGAGCAAAACCUCUCAAACCUCUCCCACAUCGGCAUGUUGGCACGCUUCGACAACAUAUUAGGUCGGGACACCAUCCGGACACUGGUGCGCCUCACCGCGCAUGCGCCGUACGUCUUCUGCCACCCAACACUGGUUGAGCGUAUCGCCUCAAUGCUCAACUAUUUCUUACUGCAUUUAGUCGGGCCUAAUAAGAAGAAUUUUAAGGUGAAAGACAUGAAGGAGUUCGAGUUCGACCCGGCGAGCACGGUCCUGGACAUCUGCCGCAUGUACGUGGAGCUGGGCAACAACCCGCGGUUCUGCGCCGCCGUGUCCGACGACGGCCGCUCCUACUCGCCGCAGCUCUUCACGCUGGCUGAGACCGUCCUAGUGCGCAUCGGCGGCGGCGGCCUCAUCGGCUCGCUUCAAGAGGUGGCGGCGCGGGUCGCAACGUACGCGGAACAACGCCAGCGCGACGAAGAGAUACUGGCCAACGCGCCUGAUGAGUUCCUUGACCCCAUCAUGAGCACGCUGAUGCUCGACCCCGUCAUACUGCCCAGCUCGCGCACCACUGUAGACCGCACCACUAUCGCCAGGCAUCUGUUAAGUGACCAAUCCGAUCCGUUUAACCGGUCGCCUCUUUCAAUGGAUCAAGUGAAGUCCAACACGGAACUAAAGGAGCGUAUUCACGCGUGGAUUGCGGAACAACGCCGCAACACAGGACAGGCUCGACCUACCGAAUAAACUGUAGGUAUAUAUAAUGUCGAACUGUCACGAGUUCAAUAUGCAUACACUUUGAUACCAUGUCACAUGAUUUUUCUUUGUCAAAUUGCACUGAAAGUCUCACUGCAAUGUUAAAUUUGUUAGCGCGACAGAGUCCUAAAGUGGGUGCAUUAUAUUGCUCAUGACUGAGCCGCUUGGUUUGGACAUCACUAUAGAGCGAGUAACCGAAGCGCGACAAAACUAAAUUUACGCAUCGGUAGGUACUGAUGUAUGUCACUGGCCAUCAAGACAUUUAUAGUUAAUUUUGAAUUUGAAUUCUUAUAUUUCAUUUUUGGAAGACGUCUGACGUUGGAAGGAGAUUCUUUUGGGAAGUAUACAAGGUGUUAGUGACAUCGUAACGAAAACUUUGAGAGAUGAUUCAGACCAUAAUUCUGAUCUAAUAUCAAGUGAAAUUUUUCGUCGCAAAAGUAUGGAACUGAAAAUAAUUUAAAAAAACACUAAAAUUUUCAUGAAUUUUCCGACAGAAAAUUCCACUUGAUAUCGAUUCAGAAUAAUGAGCUGAAUCAUCCCUCUCAGUAUUCGUUACGAUUUCAUUUACGUACUUGAAAAAAAAACCAUGAAUUUUGCGACGGAAAAUUCCACUUGAGAUCAACUCAGAGUCAUGGUCUCAAUCAUCCCCCUCAGUAUUCGUUACGAUGUAACUAACACCACGGGGUGUUACUAGUUUAUAUAUUAGCCAUAACCGUUAUUCGCUCUAGGAUAAUGUCAAAACUAUGUUGGAUUCUAUCGGACAGUAAGCGAUCAUGGCUUUGAGCGUUCCGCGUUCUUUGUUGUAUAAUGUUAUAUUUCCCGGCAUGUGGGUAUGUCUAUGUAGCGUCAACAUAGCGAACGCGAAACGCUCGAACUCCUGACCACUUUCUGUCUGAACAAGCCCUUAGGGCCUAAAAGCAAUGUCAGUUGAAGGAGGCCUAUUAGCCCAUUAUGAAAUGACGAUUAAACUGUAGAUAAAAUUAGUUAGUAUUUUAUCUAUCUAUCUAUACUAGUUAAAGUUGUAUCACGACUCUGUUGUGUCGCACCGAAUUGUUUAACUUUAUCGGUUCGGUUUUCAAAUAUAUAUUUUUUUUAGAAUUAAAACUUAUUAGUUUUGCGCACAUGUUGCAAUAUAGGUAAUUUAAGUUGUUUCGUCUUCGUAAUAAGAGAUAAAAUGAACUGAUGCCAAUCGUCAGUUCAUAAUGGACCGCAUAAAGGAAUGAGAGCUUGUUUCACCAUUUACUGAUAAUUGUCUGGUACCCUAUCCAGAACUUAUCUGGUAGAUAAGCACAUGCUGAUGUCAGAUCCCUGUCCGGUAGACUAUCAGACAUUUUACCAGCAAGUGGCGAGGCAGGGCUUAACUUUUGUAUACUUUGUACAUUAUACUUUGUAUAUGCGCGUCGUUACAAAUUAUACAUGUUCGCAUGUAACUACGAAGUUAGAGGGGGAAUUUUAUAUGGCAACGACACGGCGUAUUUCCUAUUGGGGUAGGUAGAUACCAGAAUACAUACUAUUAUUUGUAUUUCUUAAGAUAGAUCUGUUGAACUACUUACAGUGGUCGGUUGUUACAUCCUCGUUUAUAAUAUAAACAACUAUUAAUUACUUUAUACGAAAAAAAAUACGAGUAAUUCGGCUUCAAAACACUAAAUAGUUUUCGUGUUGUCUUUUUUAAAGUCUUCGACGAACACUAAGGAUUCAUUUAAUAGGCAGUUAUUAUACAGAGUGUUAGUAAGAACGUACCGAAAACUUUGAAAGAUGAUUCAGACCAUGAUUCUGGGUUGAUAUCAAGUGAAAUUUCCUGUCGGAAAUUUAAUGUUCUUUUUUGUUUUUGUUUUUUUAAUUAUUUUCAGUUUAUUUUUGCUACUGAAAAUUCCACUCAAACCAGGUUUUUUUGACGUAACUUAUUGUAGAUUUGCAGCAGAUGGCAUUAACUACUUGGCCGGACAAAUGGGGAGCGCUGAGGGCUCUCACCCGGACUCAACCCAGAAUGAAUGUCACUAACACCCUGUAUACGAAAUAUACUUGCAAUCUGUAAGACCAAUGUGAUCUACGUAGUAGGCCUGAUAGUACUAAAAAUUAUAAAUGUUUGAUGUUGGUUAAGUCGCCAUAUUAAAAUCCUUUUUGUAACAUCGUAGAUAGUAGAUUUCGUACUGCUAUGUGCAAUGGUUGACUGGCAUUGUAGGUUAUAAUAGAAAUAGAAAGAUUUAUCUAAGCUCAAAUGGUCGAAGGUAGUUGCAGAUUAAACAAAUAAACCUUGCAUAAUAUUGUUCAUUAUUCAAAACUAGGUUUCUAAUUGAUUUGCUAAAAUACAGGAUGUUAGUGACAACGUAACGAAAACUUUGAGGUAUGGUUCACACCGUGAUUCUGAAUGGAUAUCAAGGAAUUUAAAAUUGUCUUCUCUAGAAUUGUCUAUCGCAAAAGUAUAGAACUGAAAAUAAUAAUAAAAAAAUCCUCUUGAUAUUAACUCAAAAUCUUAAGCUGAAUCAUCUCCUUCAGUAUUUGGUACAUUGUCCCUAACACUCUGUAUAAAAACCCUGUACCCUGUAUAAAAA